CUAUCUAUAAAUACCCACUCAUUUCAUUCAUUUCAAGCACCAAGCAAGCAACACAUUCACUACUAAUUAGCCACACUCAAUUGUUGAGAGUACUAAUUCCUUAACUCUUAGAAAUGGCUAAGUUUUCUGUAUCCUCCAUUUCCCUUGUUCUCACAUUGAACAUUCUCUUCUUCAUUAUAGUUAGUUCUACUUAUGUCCUAUGCCUACCACCCACAAACCCCAAAUACCACCCCACCCCUACCCCAUCAAUUUCAUCACCUCUCUCUACCCCUACACCCUCUACCACACCCACCCCAUCAUCAAAAGGAAAGUGCCCACAGGACGCACUAAAGCUAAGAGUGUGUGCCAACUUGUUAAAUGACUUAGUGCACCUUAUGGUUCAAAGUAGCCCAGCUCAAACUCCAUGCUGCUCUCUAAUUCAAGGACUUGCUGAUCUCGACGCUGCUGUUUGCCUUUGCACUGCCAUUAAGGCUAAUGUGUUGGGAAUUAAUCUGGAUGUUCCUCUUUCCAUCAACUUGUUGCUCAACAACUGUGGAAAGUAUGUCCCUGAAAACUUCCAAUGUGCAUGA